AUGCCCCGCUUACCAGCUCUUUUCAGCUCGGCCAACUCAACAACAUUCUGCAAGCCGCGUUUCUUGAUCGGGGACAUAGUGCGGAGACUUUCCACGGUUCCUCAAGUCGUUGGACCAAUUGAUGUCGCAGAUUUCCGGGAGAGGGCGUUUGCAGCUGGAAAGCCUCUUGUCAUACGGUCACGAAGUCAUUCAAAUCAUGCUCCUGCUGAGGCGCAGAGCAACAAUGAGACGCCGUCUGUAACACUCCCGGCCUUGACAAAAUGGUUUGCAUCAUCUAGACAAGACGAUGGGGUUGACCUCAGCCCCGAUCUAAGACAACACUCAUCUGUCAUUUUACCCUACGAACUGAUCCUACCUGCAAGCACCAGGCCCUUCCGCCCUCGCAUUCCUAUCUUGGGUUUCCUCUCCUGGCUAUCAGAAUCUCCGUCCAAAUUGCACCAGCAACUAGCUUCCCUCCUCCAGCAUCACAUCACCGUCAACCAUCCUCAGCCCCAGGCCUUCCAACUCCAACCUACACGCCCAAACACAGACACGCCUACCCACACCAAUAAUACCUCGUCAGAGGAAGAAACCUUCUUCCUCCGCUUCGAUGCCCCGCUGGCAUUGCUCUGCGCAGCCCUAGAAUUCAACAACACCGCACAACACCACCACCCACCCCUUUCCGAGCUGUACAUAGCCCAAGCCUCACUCUCCUUACUACCAGAGGCACUGCAGAGCGACCUGCCCACGCCGGCGCUCGUCCAGCAGGCAGGGAAAGGCGACGUCUACAGCUCGAGCAUCUGGCUCGGUCUCGAGCCCACCUACACCCCCUGGCACCGCGAUCCCAACCCAAACCUGUUCUGCCAACUGUGCGGCGAGAAGGUGGUCAGGCUCCUUCCCCCGCGGCAAGGGGAGGCCUUGUUCCGGGCGGUGCAGGCGCGGCUUUUGCUUGGGCACGGCCAGGUCGGCGCGGAGAGCGCGAGGAUCAGGGGAGAGGAGAUGAUGCAGGGUUUGGAGAGGAGGGGUUUGAAAGAGGCUGUUUGGGGCGGGGGUAAGGAGGAUAGGGAUGAGACGAUGCGUCGGGACAUGGUCCAGGCGGUUGUAGGUCCGGGCGAUGUGCUGUUCAUCCCGCUUGGGUGGUGGCAUAGUGUCAGGAGUGGCGGGGAAGUGGAGGGUAGGUUGAAUGGGUCUGUCAAUUGGUGGUUUCGGUGA